AUGCACCUAACAAACAUCCUCACGACCCUCCUCGUCGUCUCGCUCGGCGCAGCUAGACCGAAUGGCGUUGGCAUCCCCGAGACAGCCGCCAUCGAGCCCCGCGAGACAGACACGGAGGCCACCGACCGUCUGCUCUUCGACACACCAAUGUCCACCUUUCUCGACGCGAAACGCCUCCUCAACCCCAGCACUCUAGACUGGACUGACAAUGGCUGCGGGGCUAAAGCAGACGACGUUAUUACUGACCACCCGGACGGCUUCGAUUUUCUGCCUGCCUGUCAACGCCAUGAUUUCGGGUACCGCAAUUACAAGAAGCAGGGACGGUGCGACGAUAGCGAUAAGGCUAAGAUCGACCAGAAUUUUCGGGAUGAUAUGGACAGAAUUUGCGGGGCGGCUCCUGGCUUUAUCAAGAAGCUGCAGUGUAUGGGAUAUGCCGAAGUCUACUAUCUCGGGGUGAGGGUUGGUGGGGAUCUUUGUUAG